AUCAUCGAAUCAACCCUGUCUCGGCGUUCCGAAUGCUACUACAUCACGCGAAUUCGAGUUUCGAGGCAGUGGUGUUAAGACCGGCCAUACGGAUGCGGAAAACAAAAUUUUCGUUCAUCGCCGGUUGCUGUGGUCGCAAGGUCAUCGCCGCCGGUCAACCUGCUACAUGUGACUGGUCAGGCAACGCCCUUCGAUUUUUAUAUAGGCCAUUUCUUGUGAUCAUAGUGUUACUGAUGAGAUGAUACAAAAUGCGCGCAUCUACUUAGGGUUCGUUCUCUAACCGUUGUUCGAAGUACUGGACGGUUUUAAGGAACACGAUAUUUAAGUAAUGCGAAUAAUUAGGUGCCCUCAUAAGGCACUAAACGACCACAUUUGCUUGACCAUAGGCUGUUCGUCGAAGAUCCAGUGGCGGCAAUGCACAAUUGUCAGACUUUGCUGGAGAAUACGGAACCUGGGGAUAUUCUGAGACCGGGUGAUAUAUAUGCUGCGAUGAUCGGGGAAUUCGUGUCCAAGGGUAAAUACCAAGCAGCCCUCGCGUGCAUGGAUGAAAUGCGAGAACGAUUACAAGCCAGCAAUCAAUCGGUGACGCGAUACAUCGAUCGGCGAACAUUGGAGCUUAUAUAUCAAGCUGUGAAUAUGCCAAUGAGACCAGCUGACUCAAUGAAGCUGAUCACUAGUGCAGGCGACAAAGCGAGCAUGGAUCCAGCAGACUCCUUAUUGUUUGAAGAUCCCAUCAUCGAAGCAAGCAUAAGUGAGAUCAGUGAUGAGGACUGAACAUGAAUACUGGAUCAAGCAGCCUAACCCCCACUCAGAGAGAAUGCAGUUUAUAAAAAUGGCUUAAGUACAGCAUAACUAAGACCUACAAAACAAUCCAAUGUGUAAAAGCCAGUAGAGAGAAGAAAACGUGGAUUUUAGCAAGAUUAAAUGAAUGAAAUGUUACAAUACUAUGACUGUGCAGUGGCGCCUUCCUUCUUCUGUCGUUUCCUCUCCGCCUCUUCUUCGCGCUCCCUCUCAAUCGCUUGUACAUAUUUCUCGAUGUCAGCUUGCUCCAUCAACUACAAAUAAAACAAAAAAAGAUUGCA